AUGGGGCGCAACCUAAAGAUAAAAGAUGCGAUGCAGCGUGGAGAAGAACCUGGUACAUCUUAUGAUCACAAAGAAGAAGAUGCCCUAGAAAGAGAGAGUAGUGCGAUUGAUGUGAUGCAAGUUGAAUCCACACCGAAGUUUCAAGCUAUACAAAGUUUCGAGGCUACUAAAGCAGCGAAGCAAGGUACUUCACGAACGGCUACGCCAAAAGCAACAACGUCUACUUGCUACACGCAGCUUGGAGACGAGGCUUUCAAAGAAUGGCAGGAAAAAGUGGAAAUCGAAUUGAAGUAUUAUCGUAAAUUGGAUGGAAGGAAGCAUCCGUUGCUUAAAGAAUUUGAAGAAUAUAUUUCUGAAGCACUGGUAAACACUAUGUUGAAGCCGUCGCCGGAUGCUUUGGCAAGGAAAGGCAAUCUAUUGAAAAACGGUACAUGGGGUUAUGUGGCCUGUAUAAAUCGGUUUAUGCUCGCAGCUAUGAGAGCGCGAAAACGAAUAAACCAAACAGUAACAGUCGACGAUGCAAUUUAUUCGUGCGAAUUUUUGGCAUAUAUGAGGCGCUUAAAAACAGAAGGAAUGAUGUACGGAAGUACUUGUUGGUCCGAAGAAGAAGAUGUAACUUCGGUGAAUGAAUGGGGCGAACAGGGCUCUAAGAGUUCGUCAUGGAUGAAAUUGGAGAAAGGCUUUGGGCUUGAUCAAAAGCUCUGUAUUGGACUUAGAGGUGGAAAAGUCAGCUCGGAAGAAGGUGACAUAGUGUCGUUGGUACUGCAAGCAUCGUCGUUUACAUCACUCAAGCAAUUCGAACGACCUCCAAUGGACAACGACGAGGGACUGGUGCAGUAUAUCGUAUCGUUAUAA